AUGACGAUUGAAAACGAAUGGUACUACCCCGAUGACAUCGCCCAUGACCUUGAUGGGAUUGACCUACCAAAAAAUACCAAGGACGAGGUCCUGGCGUGCGCUUGGGAGUACUCACGGUCUGUAAUCCCACAGUACACGAACUGGGAGCGCUAUAUUGCAUUUAUGCGCAUCAUUAUCAUGGGGGUCAUCGCCGAGUUUCAGGGUAGCAUGGUCGACAUCACUGCUGGACCCAAAAUCCUCAAUUAUGAUCUCGAUGAAAUUUUGGAUGAACUCUUCCACGGCACCCCAGGGCAUCUUGAUAUGGCCCGCGAAUAUAAAGCCUUUCUUUUCAUUACAUCUCAGAAAGUUAGUCACGCCAACAGCGAACUAUUCCGCCGGUAUGUCAACGCUCUUGUCAAUUCACCACAGCAGUGGUUUCGGAUGCGAGACUGCGAUGCCCUGGCUCGAUUCACCAUAGCUUCUGCCCUGGCUUGCAACGAUCUCCUUGACAUCUGGUUCACUGAUGCGCAAUAUGAUAUUUUCUGCGAGAUCGGUGAUACUAUGUAUGAUGCCGUUGCUUUCUACAAACAUCGCUCUGAGGGAGAAACCAACAGUACCUUUGCCUACAUGCCAGAAGACCAUAGGAUUGAGGCCUUUCACCGAGCACGACAAGUUCUCUGGGCGAUAGAUCUGGCAAUGGCUGGUACACCUGGGCAUCUUGCUGUCACCAACUUCUUGCGCAGUUUUGGUGGCCCCAUCCAUAUAAUGAUGCGGCGGUACCGCUUCGUCGAGGAGGAUCUUACAAAGCUUUGGAAUCGUAUCGACAGGAGAAAGACCAGUAUAGCCGAAGAUUUUGAGCAUUACAACAGGUCUAUGGAGAGGAGCGAUGAGUUUAUGUUCCGUGGUUUGGCGGAUUAUCUUGAUAGGGCCGACAACCAACAUUGCCCUGAGUGUAUAUAUCGUGAGGUCUACGGUGCUCAAAGAGAUCAUUGUUUCGGGGGUGUGCAGCUCUGUGAUCAGUGUCGUCUCGAAUGGGGGCAUUUCCUCGAGACUCUGCCUGAACGUGCUAAGCGAGCUUUCCCAGAUCUCAAUCUGAGGAUUUGA